UUCUUUUUCUUCUUCUUCUUUCUCUCAUUUUUUAAACAAUUUAAAUCAUGUCUUACUCUAGAAAGCCCUCUUCUGUAUCUGUUGGUAACGAACGUCACCAUCCUCAUACACUCUCUACUCUUGAUUUCCAAGGUGCAAGCUCUGCUGCUGCUGCUAAAGCUAUGAAAUCAGAGCUGAGCAAACUUAGUGCUCAAAUCGAAAAUGAAGAAGAAAGAAAGUACUUCACCCAAGAAAUGGAUGGUUUCUAUAUGCUCUUUACUCGUUACUUGGACGAAAAGGCAAAGGGCAAGAAAUUGAACUGGGAAAAGAUCCAAACACCCUCCAGUGAACAGAUCGUUCCUUAUGCCCAACUAUCUGAAUGCAACCAAACAGGUGAUCUCGAAAAGUUGGCUGUCUUGAAGCUAAAUGGUGGUUUGGGUACUACCAUGGGCUGUGUUGGGCCUAAAUCUGCUAUCGAAGUACGUGACGGCAUGACCUUUUUGGAUUUAAGUGUUCGACAAAUCGAGUACUUGAACAAGAAGCAUGAUGUCAGUGUACCAUUCAUUCUCAUGAACUCUUUCAAUACGGAUGAAGACACAAAGCGUAUUGUUCAAAAGUAUGCUAGUCAUAAUGUUGAUAUCAUCACCUUUAAUCAAAGUCGUCAUCCCCGUAUCAAUAAGGAAUCUAUGCUUCCUGUACCUCGUUCCCCCGAUUCCCCUAUUGAACAAUGGUAUCCUCCUGGUCACGGUGACUUGUACGAGUCCAUCUAUAACUCAGGUCUACUUGAUCAAUUGAUUGCUCAAGGCAAGGAAUAUUUGUUUGUAUCCAACGUCGAUAAUUUGGGUGCUACUGUUGAUCUCAACAUUCUUCACCACAUGGUCGAGAGUGGUGCUGAAUUUAUUAUGGAAGUAACCGAUAAGACAAAGGCUGAUAUCAAAGGUGGUACUCUUGUUGAUGAUGAUGGUCAUAUUCGUCUCUUGGAAAUUGCUCAAGUACCCGAUGAACAUGUCGAAGACUUCAAGUCUGUUAAAAAGUUCAAAAUCUUCAACACAAACAACCUGUGGAUCAACUUGAAGGCCAUUAAGCGUGUUAUGGAUGAAGAGGCCAUGGAUUUGGAAAUUAUUGUUAAUCACAAGACAACACCUCAAGGUGAAAAGGUAAUUCAAUUGGAAACCGCUGUGGGUGCUGCGAUCAAGCACUUUAGAAACGCUCAUGGUGUGAACGUACCUCGUGCUCGUUUCUUACCUGUCAAAUCAACCUCUGACCUUUUCUUGGUCACAUCCAACUUGUACUCUCUUGUUCAUGGUCAAUUGAUGAUGAACCCUGAUCGUAUGUUCAACAAUGUUCCUUUAGUCAAGCUUGGAGAUCACUUCAAGAAAGUCAGUGACUUCUUGACUCGAUUCAAGACUAUUCCCAAGAUCUUGGAACUUGAUCAUUUGACAGUUACAGGUGAUGUCUGCUUCGGUUCCAAGGUCGAACUUCGCGGUACAGUCAUUAUUGUUGCUAACCAUGGAGAACAUAUCGAUAUUCCUUCUGGAACUGUUCUCGAAAAUAAGGUCGUCACUGGCUGCUUACGUAUUCUUGAUCAUUAAAAAGUGAUAACCCUUCAUUAACUCAUUCUCCCUUUUAUACAUGCAUCAAACUCUUCCUCUUUAUCCAUACAGAAUGUAACUAUUACAUUUAAAAAUAAAAAUCUUAUUUCCUGUUUGACCUUUUUUUGUGUAACAAGUAUAACGUAAUGAUUACUUCGUGCUGUGCUUCCAGUCUCAGCUGGACUUUAAAUUGAACACUUCUUUGAAAUAAGACUUCCAAGAACCUAGAAUUUCAUGCAC